AUGGCCGUGUCUGCUGACCGGCGGCGUGCACAAGUCCUUGCCAAAGCUCGCAAUCAUGAAUACGCGCCUGUGUCCAAUAACGCCUACUCCAUUCCACCACAAGUACACCGACACCCGCCUGCGGCUCGCAGCCGCAACGCCAGUGCCAUCUGGUGGAGGCAAGCCGAUGAACAUUCCGGCUAUGAGUCGAUCAUCAAGAGGAGUUUCGAGCUAUGUCGCCACCAGGCUAUCACCAUCAACAUAAACGGCAUACGAAUGUCUCUCACCAAAAAUUCUGAUCUCGACAUCAGCAACGUCUGGGUCAAGUUCGGCCACACCAUAACGAUGGGAGAGGCCAAGACACAACGUUUUGUCGCGCAAUACCUUGAAGAGCAAAACAUUGCUGCCGUGCAUGCCCCUCGUGUCUACCUCGCCUUUAUGCGGGGCGACUUCGGUCUCAUCGUCUCAGAGUACAUCGACGGGCAGAUAUGCAACAAGUCCGAUAUUGGCGUCGUCGCCAUCGCAGUAGGGCGCUGUGUGGAACCCCUCAUUUUUAACCGAGUUAAUAACACGUUAAUAGCGCGUUAA